GCUUGUGCAACUGCAGACACUCUCAAAUCUUGACUUUGUAAUCUGUCAUAAUUACUCAUCUCCUUCCUGCAACUAUUAUCUGCCCUCUCUAACAAAUCGAAGCUCAGAAUCGCGAUAUUUGGGAAUAGUUAUGGCUAGGUGAUGCCUUGAACGUUUAGGAGAGGAUUUCAAAAUGAAGACGCGCUAUGCAAUUGCGCAUGCCAAUUUUUCGGCCACAGAAGAUCUCAAUGAAGAGGCUAGAGCGAAGAAGUCGCCAUGUUGUUUCCUCAAUCUUGUUGCGGGAGAUAGAAUAUGCGUUUACUUUGAAAAGGAUGACUGGGCAGUAGGUUCUCAUGUGGGAUCGAAAGCUGAAGCAGGCCUUUUUCCUCUGAAUGCGGUGAACUUUGUAAAUCGCCACUCACAAACGGAUCCUACAGCGGAAGGGGCAGGGAUCGUAGAGGAGAUCAACCAGGUUACGCAAACAUGGUGGAGGAAAAUUAAGGAAAUCUACGUGAAGCAUGCCGAAAUGCACUAUUUCAACGAGGUUUUAGACUUCAUUGAAUAUAUGCUUUCCGUCAGACAAAAGAUCUUAUCAGGAGGAGUACCAUCCGAAGAGCUGAAUGCGUUGCGGAUUCAGUUGGCGAAGAAGAUCGACCGAGGAAAUAUGCUUCUUAGUCUGAAUGUGACUAUCCGAAAUGAACACGGGUUUGCGUAUGAUCCUGACACCAUUUCGUUUCUUCAAACAUACAAUGAGCAUCAGAAUACUCAGAAACGCGUGGCAGCGGAAUCUUCAAGGCUUGAGCCUCAAGAAAAACCUGCAAAAUCUUUUUGUCUUUUGUUACGGGUGCAAGGUAUAGAGCUGCAGAUGAAGUAUAACUGUGAAAUCACAAUGGUUCUUUAUGACAUGGAAGCGAAGCACUUCGUCAGUGACACUUUCACUUUUAUAUGGAAAAGCACCAACGAGCAAAGCUCUCGCGAUCUCAACAUUCGUGGAUUAUUCACGAAUUUCAACCAAGCUGAUAUCGGCAAACGUUUGGUGUUAGUCACCAGGGUAGCCCACAUCGCUCCUGUUGAACACACAUCAUCGACACUGAGGAGGAAUCAGGAACCGGGGCCACCCAACCUCUACUGUCGCCAGAUCAUCGCUUUCGAUUUCUUUGAUAUGACGUCUACCUUUUCCAACCCACAACCUUCACAUGAUGCUAAAGAUAAAGUUAUAUUUUUGUCUAGGGAUCAAAACAACUUCGAUCAGGCGUUGAAGUCUAUGCAGUCUACUUGUAAAGUACCGAGGCCAAGUACAUCAUCAGAUGACAUCAAAAUGCUCAUAUCGACGCAAAUAUUUACCAAUGGGCUGGCAGAGCUACGUUUGAAAAGGCCAUAUCUAUUCACAAGAAACCCUCCGGCGAUCAUCUCCCGAUGUGAUUAUGCUGGUCCCGCCACAGUUGACAUACGGAACGAACUCUACGUGACAUUGUUACAAGGGGAACUGUCUGGGAAGUCUUCGGAUAGGAAUAUCGAAGCUCGAUUACAUCUUGUUGAAGGCAAUGGAAGGGUGGUCCCUGACUCUUUUCAAACGGUAAGUGUCGGAUCGCUCAAGUCGUCUUCUGAUUAUCGCAGCUUUGUUUACCUACAUGAAGACAAACCUAUGUGGUUUGAAAAUAUCAAGGUCCGACUCCCUGAAGACAUAAGCCGUGAUUUACAUCUGCGAAUUACAUUUCAUUCAAGAAAACCUUAUGACAAGGGGAAACCUGAGAAGGGACCUUUUGCGUUGGCGCACAUUCGACUAAUGUGCAAAUCUGUGCUCGUUCCUGAUGGUGAUCACGAAUUGCUAGUGUAUAAGAUCGAAUCUUCGCAUUAUGAUGAAAGCAAUACCAGCUACCUGCCCUUGCCACAAACCAAAAGAGUGCUGCGAGAUCUUGGCAACACAACCAACAAACCACAUUCUUCUGUUUUUUCGCUGAGCGAAAAGAGCUUCGUGGUCAUCAAUACACUUACAUGUUCAACGCUUCUUACUCAAAAUGAACAUAUUCUCAAUGUUCUUGGAUGGAGGGAGUCGAGACCAAAUCUGGAUACUUCGUUGACUAUUCUUGGUGCUCCUUUUGGAGAGCUGCAGAAUGAGAUGAUUCGCUUCCUCUGUCCUCUGCUGGACGCAUUGUUUGAACUAUGGGAAGAGCGCGAAAAACUGGAACUAUAUGUAUUUGAUGUAAUUGUUGCAUUGCUGAAACUGACUGAUGAACAGCAGUACAGUUCAAGCGCAGAUAUACUCAAGAAGUACAUGGAUAGGUUUCCUUACUGCAACGCAGGAGUAAAACUGAUGAGGUGCCUGAAUCACUACAUCGCCAGUGCCUCUACCAGUAAUAACGAGAAAUCUCGGAACUCUUUGAAAGUUAUGGGACAUGUGUUUCGCACAGUAGUCCAGUCCAAGAAGAGUGGAGACAAUUUCUCCGAUGACCCAGCUUUCGACAUCAGUUUUCGUUCAAAUCUAGACAGUGUUCUCGAUUCACUUGUGAGUCUUAUGGGUGAGACAAGGGAGCGCAUGGCAGUGCAGAACACUGCAUUAAAGCACUUGCCCUCUAUCGUUGAUCCUAUCUGUGCUAGCGGCGCUUACGAGCCGACCGACUUAUGCAAAUUCUUUGUCCGCGUCAUUAAUGGAUUUGGCAAAAACAUCGUGGCACGUGAACGCCUUGGAUUUGUCUCUCAGUUGAUAGACACCAAUCUUUUCGAGUUGUACUCAUGUCGUCAAGUCCUACUGCCUCGUUGCAUUGAACUAUUACUGGUACAGCUCGAUCCUGAUCAAAAUGAGGAUCGCGAGUUUGUUGAGAGAUCUAUGGAAUGCGCUGGUAUUAUCAGCAAUCUGCUGGAAAGGCUGUUUCCUGUCACGACAUCACCUCCUCAGUAUCAAUUGGGAACUGAUGAAGAGCUGAACCUUAUCAUAGAUGCAACCUAUAGACCGCUUGUGCAAGCAAUGGUUCAUAUCGGCCAACAGAAUGCCUCCAAUGAUGAGAUUCGUGGCCGAUUUUUCUCUCUCAUCUUAGCUUUACUCAACAAAAUGUCCGCUCAACUUUUCGGCAAUUAUAUAGAGAAUAGGCCAAGUGAUAUAGACAAGAUGGAUUUUAUUCUGGAGAUGCUCCAGAUGAUUCGUGAUCUCUUGUGCAAAUGUCCUUUCCCAGCUACUUGGCAACAAAUGAUCAUGUUGCAAAAUAAGACCAUUCAUAAGGCUUUACGGUUUUUGAUGAAUGCCAUCCAAGGGUACUUCUCGAAUGAGCGCGAACGAUUUUACUCUGACAUAUGGCAGGAGUAUAUGCUGACAGCUGUAUGUUUUGUAACUCAGCCAUCUCUUCAAGCAAACGAGGAAUGGCUUCGUGACGAGUGCGAUUCUAGAGUACAAUUGAGAAAAGCGGCUGCUCGUGACCUGAGAUCUAUGUGGUUCCGACUCACACCUGUCCAAAAAAUGGGAUACAUUCCGAGGCUUGUUGGAGCAUUCUUGAAGGUGGCUCUAGUGGAGGAUGAUGAGACGCGCGAGGCAACGAUACCGAUCUUUUUCGAUAUGAUGCAGUGCGAGUUCCAUUCAUGUAUGGAGGAUAGGAAGAACUUCAAAAAGUUUUCUGAUGAACUCAUUGCUCAGCUGGACAGCUUGGUUGAUCAAGAUCGUGGAACAAGAGCAUUUCAGGAGCAGUUCACAAAAAUUCUCACUAAUCAAUGCCAAUCGGACAAAGAGCUGUGGGAAGGCGGCGGGCGAGAACUUAUUGAAAGGGUUGAUCGACUCUUAGGGCACCUUUUUGAGUACAGACUUGUCAGAGAGACGUCUGAUUGCAUGGAAAAUGGCAUGAGUAGAACCGUGCAGCUUCUGAGGUACUAUGAGAAGUAUCGACACCAUGAUCUCUACAUCACCUAUGUAUAUAAACUCUACGACCUUCAUAUCUUGUAUAAUAAUCAGAUAGAAGCUGCGAAGACGUUAAUGCUCUAUGCUAAUACUCUGAGUUGGAAUGACGUCGAAUUGGACGAGUCUCUUAUUUCGAGACGUUUGAAUCGUCAUUGUGCCGUCGAACGACAGCUGAAAGAUAGCCUACUUUGUGAGGCAGCCGAUCUGUUCGCUGAAGGGGAGAUGUGGGAGGAUGCAAUAAAAAUUCUCAAGGAACUUUUACCAGUAUAUGAGAAAACUUACGUCGACUACGAUAAGUUGGCUUCAUUGAUGGUAAGAAUUGCUGAGCUUUAUCGAAAGAUCGAUAGAGAAAAUCGCGCAUUUUUCUACUACUACCUAGUCGCAUUCUACGGCAAAGGAUUCCCCAGUUAUCUGAAUGGCAUCAGUUUUGUUUUCCGUAGUGACAAGCUUGAGAGGCAUGCGGAUUUUAUGCAAAGGAUGCAACAGAUUUAUGGCGGUCCGGAAGCUAUAAUGUCGAUGGAUGACUGCUCGCACCUGAAGGAUGCCCCCGGUCGAUACAUGCAGGUAUUCAAUGUGGAUCCUAUCCCCACUCCAUGUCCUUUUGAGGAUGCUCACGUAAAUCCAGCAAUAAAGGAUUACUAUCGACACUACAAUAUACGUGACUUCGAGUACAGUAGAGUAGAAGAACGUAAAGACACGAAGUGGACAUCUGUGAAAGACACAGAACUCAUGCGAACCUGGAUUGUCAAGCGAACAGUAGUGACUUACGAGCGCCUUCCUAGUAUCCUGAGGUCUACUCAGAUAAUAUCUACUUCUCCUCCAAUUUAUGUAAACCCUUUACGACGCUCUGUAGAACAAAUGCAGCGUAAAAAUACUGAACUCAUGGAAACCGCGUUGUUGGUACUGUUGGACCGAUUACAUGCGGUGAAAAAAUUGUCCGGUGAAAUAUUGGGCGUGGUCCGACCAGCGGUAAUGGGAGGUGUUAGCAAUUAUGAGGUCUUUUUCACUGAUGAGUGCGCCAGAAUUUACGAUUCAGAGGAGAAGCAAUUAGCUAUGCAAUUGAGUGCUUUGAUAAUAGAGCAGGUCGAAAUACUGGAAUUCUGCCUAUAUGCUCACGCAUCUCGCACAGAAAUCACGAAGCAGUUUCAUGAUCAUCUCGUUGAUGGUUUUUAUGAGCAUAAGCAAUAUGUGGAGGACAAGUUUGGAAAAACGAGAUCAAUUUUACCUCCCGGGGCCUCGAUUCGAUACUCGAUCGAAAGCAAUGGCAUUGAUGCUAGCAAGAAAAAUGUGUCAAGUAAUUCACUUGAUGCAAAUCUAAGCGGAAGCGGAACGCUGAACCUACGAUCUCGAGGUGCUGCCAUCGGGUCAACGAUGCUUAGCAUGUUGACGACCUCCAGAAAAUCCAGUAGUGCGACCGGAACUGCCUCCAAUUCAGCUGCAACACUAGCUAACAAUCGAACAACAUCUGAACGUUUUGAUGCCGCACGUGUAUUUGCAACGAUGCGCAACAGCAGCAUGGAUUCGCUCAAGUCUCCUGUGCGUGCAAAUAGGCGGCCGACUGUCGAUGGACUUGAGGGUAUUCGUUUGCGUUCACGCGCUCGGCGUAGCACGGACCAACCUUCUGCUCCACCUCUUCCUCCGCGAACACAUACAAUGAGAGGAAAUGAUUCUUCACUUGACGAUAGAAAUGUUCCAGAAUUAAGGUAUACCAAGUCACCCAUUCCUACUCCAAUCACGGAUCUAGCCGAUUUGCAACGAUAUUGAUCGUUUGCAUCUGCACCAUUCUCUCAGAUUUUGUACACCUUGGCUUUACGUGAAUAGUCAGUGUAGCUAAUUAUUGUUUUGCUCAUAGUUUUUUGUGCUGGACUGCCUGUAACAAUUGCCUUGUUCCUCUCAUUUUCACUUGCGACACCAGGCUGGGUAGCUUCAAUAUGUUCACUAGUAAUGAUUUCUGUAUAAUAUGAAGUACGUGUAACUCCUGUUAGCAUAUUGUUCUAGUCAUUGGCUGAGUAACUUACGAAAUUACUGUCUAUAUACUUGAUCACAAAUAAAUCAUUCCUGAAGAAC